AUAUGGAUCCGGCCCUCAUGAACAUGGAUAUGGACAUGGGCGAUGUAGAUAUAGACGAUGCUGAAUUGCAAGCCGAACUUCUAGCGUUGGAAGGGGGAGCUCCGGCAGCAGCCUCUGGGACUAAAGCGCCGAAGAAGCAAGCUUCUAAGAAAGGUGUGCGUGUGCUUGUAGAGUUUGUAAGCAUGUGA